UGUCAUAUGUUAUAUUGUUUGAAACGACAAAAAAGCGCCUUGUUGGAGUGGCAGAUCGUUGUUGAGCAAGAAUUCUAUGAAUCAGAUUGAUAGCUCGCGAAUCGGACCAAUUAUAACCGACGCGUCUUGGUAAACUACACUAUAAUUAGGAUUCCAAACUAGCAUCUGAUCGCGUCUGUCAACUUACUUUACGAUUGUCUCUCCUGAGCGCUGAGCAUCGCUGCACCCUUGACUCCUCAAAGACCAAGAACCAACCCGUCAAUCGACAAUGAAACGUGCCAACAUAACGGCAUCCAGCUCCACUCCCAAGAUAAUCAUUAAACCGCGCCUCGCGCAAACGCCAGCAACGCCGUCUGUCGUAGAUGAAGACGACGACGAUUCCCUCGAAGAAGGCGAAGUCCAGACAAAGAGAGAGGAUUCAGAGGGUGUUCUUGACGAAGAUGAGCCUGGAGACGAGGAGCCUGAAGAAGGUGCCGUUGAUGGCGAAGGCGAAGGCGACGGCGAGGGUGAAGGCAGCGGAGUAGAUGAGGCUAUGCCUGAAGGUGAUGAGCCACGACCUUUUCCCCGGCCCCGGGGACGCCCACGCGGAAGAGGUCGUGGUGCCGCCCCCACUGGUCCCACCCGCGCAAGAGGACGCGGGAGGGGAAGGGGCAGAGGACGAGGGCGGGGUCGGGGUGCUUUGACUAUCCGGCUGCCAAAGCGCGACGGCGAAGAUGCUGGCGAAGCUGAAGCAGAGGAAGGGGAGCAGGAUGGUCGACCAUUCAUGCGAAUUGGGGGGAAGGUAUACUUCAUCGACGGCGACGAGUUCGCCGCAGACCCGGACGAGAAAGGGGACGAGAAGAUUGAUGUGGAUGGCAAUCUGCUUGGAGGUCGUAAGUUCAAAUGCCACACUUUCGUGCUACCUCAACGGCACCCAAGCCGGCAGUACAUGCUCGCCAUCGACGCCGCACGCGCGUCAGGGUUUCGUGACUCUCUGUACUUCUUCCGGCGCAAUCCGCUCGCGCUGAAGCUCUCCGCCACGCAACCCGAAAAGGAGUUCCUCAUCUCCGCAGGCAAGCUCGGUGCGCACCUGAAAACGCGUAGCGUCACCCUCGUCACUGCACGCAGUGCAUAUAAGCUUCAUGGCGCAAAGAUGAUUUUGGACGGCCGCUGGGUCACAGACGAUUACUACGAAUCAAAAUCUCUUGCUGAGAUCACAGAAAAAGGACUCAAACCAGGUGACCUCGUUGGCGAACUCCCCGACCCCCUGGGUGCCUCAUCGCAGUCCGCACCUUCAGGUCCGCAGCCCGCCACCUCCACAUCCUCGGGUAUAUACCGAGCAGGAGGACCUACAACCAUCUUCGGGGGCGCUGGUUGGGGACCGUUUAGUGAUGGACCACACAGCGCGGUGCGUAAAUCGCUACUCUCAAGGGAGGGGCUCACGGAAGAGAACUGGAUGUCGGAGAUCGCGAGGCGCGUCAGAGAUGCUGGUGAUGAGUGGACGCGGAUGAGGAACGAAGCAAGAGUUGCGUGUGGGGGAAUCCUUGGCGAUGGAGUAAACAAGGGGAAGGGGAAGGAAGUGCAGGUGGGUGAUGGAGAGGAGAAGCGGGGGGCAACUGAGGAGUUAGAGGGUGCGGAGAAGAAGAGGGCGAGAGUGGAGGAAUCCCAGUAUCCGCUUGGUGUGUAUGAGCCGCACACGGGACUGGUCCAUUAUCGCGCAGACACACAGCCUACCCGCUGCCGCUGGGAACAGAUUGGACAGCGGAAUAUGCUUCGAGGAACGAAGGCAGGGAAUGGCGCUUGGGCGCUCGCAUGGGUCGAUACACACAUCGAGCUGCCCGCAGCGGAAGAGACGGAUCUAUAUGCACAAACAAGAGCAGAAAUUUUGGAUGCAGUAAGGGAGCUAUCAUAGGUGACCCAAUUUCGCCCACACUGUUUGCGCAAUUUGAAAAUUUGGCCAUGCGGUGUCUGCCUGGUGGAGUUCAGGGGUCCGUAAUACUGUUCUUUGCUGUACCUAGACUAAUCGUUAUACUGUACGGAAAACAAGGUCACCAGAGUUGGUCUUCGAUCUUUACUUAGGUAAG